CUCCCCACUCGCGACACCGGCGCGGUGUUCAGAGCUGCAGUCGCCUUUCAGGGUACGGCCGGUUCGGUCGAUCGGUUGAUCGCUCGCUCGCACGCUCGCCCGCGGGGUUGCAGCAGCAAACAUACGUCUCGGAGUCGCUCCGGAAAUUCCGCCGUCGUCGUUGUCGCCGUCGCCGUCGCCGUCGCCGUCGCCCAGUGCUGUGACAGACAGAGAGGAAGAGUCCUGUGAGGACUCCGACUGCUGCACGGUUGCGUCUCCACGCUGGUGCGCGCCGCUGGACUCCUGGCAUGGAAUGAUCCACUCGCCGUAACUCUUCCCACGCAGAACGCGAAGCCGACGGGCUCUACGAGGAUGACGGCCAGACGCGUGGAACGAGUCGCCGCUCGGGACGUAGGCGGGAAUCGGGCGUACCUGAGACAACCGAUGGGAAAUUGGCACAAAAUCGGGGUUGCAUCGAGCCGUGGGCUAUACCAGGAAUCGUUACCGAGGAAGCGAGCAACUCUGCUGGCGAUUUGUCUUCUGGUCACUAGCACGGAUGGUUUGGCGCUUACAGGAAAGAUUUUACGUUACGAGAGGCGAAACACGUUUGUUAUCGAAUAUUUUUCAUUUAGACUUCAAUUUAUUUAAAGUGCACUCUCGUUCGACGUUUUAUUAUUCAAUAAUUUCCAAGCUUAGCUCACGUACGAAAAGCCUUCGACAUUUCUGUCAAAAAAUAUAUGUAUAUAAAAGCAAAAUAAAAAACAGACCGGAAACUGUUUAAAAGAUCGUGAUUGAUGACGUCAGCAGUGGGAAAAUGCAUGUCCAAAAUUCUUGCGUGCUAUUUUCAAAUAAAAAGAUAUUUGUACAAAAGAACACUUCUGUUCGCUCGUAAGCAUACUCGUAAGACGUAUGAAAACUACCCUUUUCCUUGACAGCCAAUAAAUAGCCAAUAAAAAUCAACGUGACAAGCAACAUUUUGUAAGUAAGCUCAUGCGAAUCUAAAGUGUUCUUUCAUACAAAUAUCCUUUCAUUCGGAAACGGCACGCAAGAAUUUUCAGCGUGUCAUUUCUCACUUCUGACGUCAAUUCAACAUGACCGCGGCGAGUACUCAGGAGCCUUAAAAGCUGAUAAGAAUGCCGUAAAGUACAUUCUCGCACAAUUGGAAAAUAAUGCGUUUCUUGUAACGUCGUUACUUAAUUCUGUAAUAACAACAAUUUUUGUGUGAAGAAUAAUAAAAAAUAAGAAGAAUGAAGUUUGCAAAGAAAUAUUAGUUCUCCGAGCCAGGAAUAUGGCAAUUUUGAAUAGUUUGUUCUUUUUAGAUAAACUGGCUACACUAAAAAUAAUAAUUUAAGGUUAAGAACAAUAAUUUCAUUCGAAAAUCAGUUACGUAUUUUAUUUUAGUAUAUAUUAUAAAAAAGUAACGAAAAAGCAACGAGCUGUUAAAAUUGGUAACAAGUAACGAUAGCGAGUUACUUUUUACGAAAAAUAUCGAUAAAGAUAACGCGUAACUUUUUUGAAGUAACGUUCCCAACUCUGCAUUCUCAUGAGGUCAAACAAUUUCGAGGUGAUCGUGGUGAAAAUCUAUGUAGCCUGACCAGAACGGAACAAUUGUCUCGAUACAAUUUCAUAUUCUCGUUCUCCCAGUUGUCUCUUAACUUUCAAGUUGUUAAAUUACACCCUAAUGAAUGCACAGGGCCAUUCGUAACACGUUCUAUCCACCGGAUAUAUUCGGCUAUUUACCCGGGACUCUACUCGCUAAAUACUGACCACGCGCCAUAUCGAUCGAGCCUGCAUCCUCCGUCCCGGAGUCCAUUUACAUUGUAAACUGCAUUUGACGUUGUGUUCACUAAUUUAAGAGCUUUGGUGGCUCGCGGCGUUACACACCCCAUAAGACGACCGCGUUCUCGAGGAUAGCUUAUGAUCGGAGCUGUGCAUAGUCAUGACCCUUUCCGCUAGUCGCCUCUCGGGAGCCCGAGUUAACUCCAUCUGAAAGACGCGUCGUUUGAAACACGUGUGUCGGAGAACACGCUCGAUGAGACGCGUCUCCGCGCUCGUACGAUCGACCCUUUGGUAUACUCGGCAGAUUUUCGCAACAUUUACGAGAAAACGUCACACUGAGAGAAAAAUAUUUAAAAAUUAACAAGCAUUUCUUAGGUACGUACCAUUAACAUAUUCACUUAAACUAAAAUUCUUUUAAUUUAAAUUGAAUAUUCGAUUGAAUAUUUAAAUUGUUUAUUCGGCUUGAGUUUUAAUUUUUAAAUAUUUUUUUUCUCAGUAAAGAUUGAUGGUUUCCUCAUAAAUAUUAUCUUUUACGACUCGACUCAUACAACUCAUCUAUUAACUGAACUGUGAUAAACUGGCUACACUAAAAAUAAUAAUUUAAGGUUAAGAACAAUAAUUUCAUUUGAAAAUCAGUUACGUAUUUUAUUUUAGUAUAUAUUAUAAAAAAGUAACGAAAAAGCAACGAGCUGUUAAAAUUGGUAACAAGUAACGAUAGCGAGUUACUUUUUACGAAAAAUAUCGAUAAAGAUAACGCGUAACUUUUUUGAAGUAACGUUCCCAACUCUGCAUUCUCAUGAGGUCAAACAAUUUCGAGGAGAUCGUGGUGAAAAUCUAUGUAGCCUGACCAGAACGGAACAAUUGUCUCGAUACAAUUUCUGAACUGUCAAUCGAUGUGAAUCAAACGAAGAGAAGCUAUUAAUUCGCACCAUCUGUAAUUCUGCCUCAAUUUUUCAUUGUUGCAUCGAGAAGAAGAUACUCGAAAAUUUACUCGUGGGAUAUGAAGUUUAUUCGCAGAAAUAAACGAGGUAUUUCACAGAAAUAAAUCUUUUUUCUCAAUGCGCUGUUAUCUAAGUCGAGACCUGUGGGGUGUAAAGUUUGAAGAUUCUCAAAGCCGACCACACCGACAUGGAGUACGAAGGGUUAAUCGUGUCGAUGCCGAGCCGCUUUACGCUCGCGAGAGACGAAAAGCAUCGGCAGAUCGUGCGUUAUGCGGUCCCCUCGUAAGUUAUUACGCGAUCCCGCCGUUCCAAUUCUCGUCGAACAAUAAACACUCGUUAAAACAAUAGUCGUCCGGAGUUCCGGGUUCCACCUCCUCCAUAUUUAUCGCGCUCGCGGGGCAAGACCGGUCCUUUUCCCUCUCGCGAUUACUGUUUUUCAUCACGAUACCGCCUUUCUUCGUCGCUGAAUGGAAAAGCCGUAUAAUCCGGGAUGAGAGUGUACAUUUGAGCGGAUACCGCAAUAUUUUCAGGCGAUAUAAUCAAUAGACUCUGUGAGAUAAAACUACGGGGAUAAAUCAGUGGCCGUUGGAUUCGAUCUGGAAGACUUUGAAAUCGCUAGAAGGGAGCUGCGGUUGAUUCGGAAAUUGGAAAACGUCACGACGUGAUUUUUAUUGCGAAGCCCCGAGGGUGUUUACACGACUUUUUACUGCACACGAGGAUUCCUUAUAGUUAGUAAAGCAGCCGCAGUAAUGUAUAGCUGCAAGUGGAUUGCAGUUAGUUUCUAUAACAGCGCCUGUGUGUGUGUGUGUGUGAGCUCGCGAAUCGAAGCGCGUUCCGUCGUUGAAAUAAAAUUUAAUUUCUAAUUUCAAGAGAUACCUUAAUUCCACGCGCUAUAUUACAUUUUACGCCUUUGUAAAAAGUCUAUCCACAGACCGGAUUUCUUCUUAUUUCACUCGCGAACCGGGAACUAGAAGAAUCUCAAUAAAAAGAAAAGAAAACUGAGAGAAUCUCUAACAAGUAAACCUACCCAAAAGUUACACUCCGAUUUUUUUUUAAUUUGGCACAAAUGUAGAAAUACAAAAAAUAUUUAGGUUAUAUUUUUCCAUUUUGGCUCACUUUAAGUUUUACGGAUAGUUUAUAGUACUUUUUAAUGUUUUCACUCCUAUCAUCAAUAAGUGCAACAAAAAUGCAUAAGAAAUAAAAUUGAAUACAAAAUAUAGGCGUUUUUGGUUUGCUGAUUGUGAAUAUG